AUGAAGAGGUCAGGAGUGUGGUUCAAGAACCGGAGGGCCAAGUGUCGCCAGCAGCAGCAGAGCGGCAGCAGUGCCAAAGCCAGGCCGCCCAAGAAGAAGUCUUCUCCGGCCCGGGAGAGCACCGGCUCCGAGAGCAGCGGCCAGUUCACGCCUCCUGCCGUCUCCAGUACGGGCUCAUCCUCGUCUUCAUCCUCCUCCACCAAUCACACGGGCCCGGCGGCGCUCAGCAGCACCUCUACCUCCAUCAGCACCGUCUCCUCCAUCUGGAGCCCAGCUAUCUCCCCCGGAAACGCUCCCGCUCCCGCCGUGGCCCCGCUCCCCGAGCCUGGACCCCCUUCCAACGCCUCCUGUAUGCAGCGUUCAAUGUCAGGCUCCGCCACCGCCGCCACCUCCUACCCCAUGUCCUACAACCAGACGCCGGGCUACGGCCAGGGCUACCCCGCCCCGUCCAGCUCUUACUUCAGCGGCGUGGACUGUGGCUCCUACCUGGCCCCCAUGCACUCCCACCACCACCCCCACCAGCUCAGCCCCAUGACGGCCUCCUCCAUGUCAGGCCACCCGCACCACCACAUCAGCCAGUCGUCGGGCCACCACCACCAUCACCACCAUCACCAGGCCUACGGCGGCUCCAGCCUGGCCUUCAACUCCUCCGACUGCCUGGAUUACAAAGAGCAGACUGCAGCCUCCUCGUGGAAGCUCAACUUUAACACCACAGACUGCUUGGACUACAAAGACCAGGCCUCCUGGAGGUUCCAAGUCUUGUGAUCAGGCUUCUUUUUUCUUUUUUUUUUUUUUCUCCUUCCUUCCCUCCCUGCUUGUCUGCUCCCUCUUCUUUUAUUUUCCAGAUUAGCAUAUUGCUUGUUUUUAAAGACAAAAAGAGUUUAUGAACCAUAAGAUGACAAGAUAGCAGCAGGAAUGCUCAGCAAUCGGACUUUGUUUUUCCUCCCUCUCGUCCUCCACGUCUUUUAAAAAUUAAAAAAAUUAAAAAAAAAGAUGAGAAACAGUCCCUCAAGUCCUGUGAAGAGAAAACAUCAGGAGCAGUUUCCCGACAAUGAAGAGUGGGUUUUUAAGACGCCCCUUCUUGGAUGAUCUUAAGAAAACCAAACUGUUUUUCAAAAAAAAAAAAAAAGUAAUUUCAACCAAACUCCGUUGACCACCAGCUCUCUGGCUCUCUGGAUGGGAGGAAUAUUUUCCCCUCUGGUGCACCGACAGGAACUGCCUGCAGUGCCCCUCUUUACCUCCAACCCAAUUAAAUCCUGUAUAGUUUUUAUUUCUGAAAUUUGUUAUUUUAGGAUGACAGAGAUUUUUAGUCAGCUACGUCAAGGAGCUGAAAUAUGUAAAUAUGUAUUUGGGUCAGUUACAGUGACCAUGUUUAGUUGGUGUUUUUCCGAAUUUGAAAUUGUUUAUUACCACUUUGGGAGAAAAAAAAGAAAAAAAACCUGUAUGUAAAUCUUUCCAAAGAGAACAAAUUGGCCAUAAAGUUCAGCUUUUAUAUACAUUGUUUUACUCA